AUGUCUUCGUCACUCCCUUUUACAUUUGUUUUCUUAGUUUUAACUUUAGUUGAAGUUAUACCUAUUCAGUUGCAAGAAGGUGAAGAGUUGAAAGAAAAUAAUGUCGAAAAUACGGAAUUGAAUGAUUGUGUCAGUGUUCAAAGGAGUACGGAAGUUGGAGUUUGCUUUGGUAAAGAGGUGCUUAAAAACUUAGACAAAUAUGAUGAAGCGGAAUCGUUCAGCUUGACUAAUGGGAUAUCGUUCGUCAGAGAUGAGAAAACGCCGAGGCAUUUUGGAAGCUUUCUUGACAAAGAUCCAAUGGAUUUCCGUGCCAUUAUGGAAGACGCAAGCAACUUAAUUUCAAAGAGAUCACUCCACUGGGACCUCAGCGGUCUGUAUCCUGGUCUUGUGAUGAGGAUCGGACCCACGCUAGCCAAUGGGAUGCUGGAGUUUGUGAUGGACUCAAGAAUUAAGGAUCGGACAUACCACCAUCAGCAGCAUGGUGAAAUGUCUACGGGCCGACUUCUAGCCAGGAAUUUACUAGUACCAUUUCUCCUCGGCUUCAAGUUCCAACUAUCAACCUUGCUGCCAUUACUACUUGGUCUUCUUCUGAUCGCCAGCAAAAAAGCGUUCUUUCUGGCCAAAAUAGCGUUAUUAGCGACUACAGUAUUUAGUGGAGGAUCUGGCUGGGGACAUGGAUCUGGAUAUGGAGACUUUUCUAGUUCUCCAUUGUCGUCGUAUACUUCUUAUGAUAGUCCUGGAUAUUUUCAUGGACACCAUGGAUCAAGCGGUUCUGGGGAGGAUACUACCACAGACAUCCUCACCAUUCGGAAUACUAUUUCAAGUCUGCAGAAUCCACCGCUUCACCUAUAACGCCUGAUGAACUGAAAGAUAGACUAGAACGACUAUUCAUCACGAAAAAAGAUGACGACCCUAAUAGAGAAGCCACUAAGGUUAGGAACGCAAGAAAUUUCGCUUGGACGCCUAUCAAUGUGGGAUAGUGACUUAAAUUAGUUGUCAUUAGAUUUGAUUGACAGAUUAUUGAUUAGUUUUCAUUAGAUUUGAUUGACCAAAUUCUGUCCUCUACGGCAGACGUAAUUGUUUUUGUAAACCAUGUAUAAGUGCAGUUAUAACUACAAAACAA